UUGUCAAAGUCAAAAUCACAUUUAGCAAAGUUCUUGUCUUCAAAAACAAAAUAGUUUACAACAAAACUUAGAUCAGAUUCAGAAAUAUUUUUAUAAUACUCUAUCGGUUUGGCCUCCUAACACUUUUACCUAAAUUUCUUAUAGAUUUAGCUCACGUCCUGGUGCAUUUAUAUUAAUUUGAAUAAUGGUGCGACGGCAGCGUGAACCAAGUUCUACAGAGGAUGACAUAGUAAUCGACACAUCACCACCAAAGAAGCACAAGCGGCACAAACAUAAGAAACACAAGAAGCGAAAGAUCGACAAUACCUACGACAGCGAUACCUCGAUCGAUGUGGCAUACGAAGACAUUAUGGACAAGUCUUACAAAAUGAAGUCGAAGAAGGAUGUGCCUAGUACUUCAGCAGCUGAACUUCUAAAGGCCCAAGCAAAGUCGUCGUCGGAUUCCCGCAAAUCAAUGCCUGGGUCAACAUCAAGUACUCCUCCAAAGGGUCCUCCUAAGAAGAAAAAAGUUAAAGGUCGUGAUAGUGGCACUUCAAGUGAAGAGGAACGCUGGCUAGAUGCUAUUAAGUCUGGCAAACUUGAAGAGGUAGAUGAGGAGUUAAAGAAAAUCAAACCAAAAGAUCCCAAAAUGAUGACUGCUAGACAAAGAGCGAUGUAUGAAAGAGGCACAGAUAAAGAACCAAGUCCAGGAGGCGAAGUGCUGCUUGCAUUACCAUCAGGUUAUAAAGAAAAAGUCAUGACAGCGGAAGCUAUUCAAAAAGCUGCAAUAAAGUCUCAGAAACGAAAACAAUUAGCUGAUGAAAAGAGGGAAAAAGAUAAAAAGAAAACAAUGGAUCGUCUUCUCAAGAAACAAGAAUCAAAGAAUCUUAAAAAUGCUCAGAAAGGAAAACCAAUCAGAAAACAAGAGCCAAUGAUUGUGUAUAAAAAUAAUAACAAUGAAAUAUCACUGUCCUUACCAUUGGGUAUCCCAUUUCCAUUAGAAAUAAAACCUCCAUUAGAUCCUCCGAAACCAAUCACAUGUGGUGUAAAUGGAUGUAACAAUAUCAAAAAAUAUAAUUGUUCUAAAACUGAUGUACCUUUGUGUAGCUUGGAAUGUUAUAAGAAAAAUAUGUGUAUAAUAAAUGUUCAUUAAAUUUGAA